AUGUCCCUGACUUUUGACUUUUGUUUUACACUGAUCAAACUUUAUACCAGAGGGGAUUUGGUCAAAGUCACUUUAUGGGGAAGUAUCGGCAAUCAAUUGGAAGACAUACUCUCUCGCAAUGAAGGGGAAGCUAUCAUCCUGAGCAUCACUUCUGUGUUUGUAGACGAAUUUAAAGGGGAGCUUUGUUUGUCAUCAACAGGAGCUACACAACUAAAGGCCAAUCUGGCUAUUCCGGAAGUGCAUGCCUUUAAUGUUGGGGAAUCAACUCUCACAGCACCUGUUUUGAUUGCUGAAGUCCCUCCUGUUGAGAUCCCAAAGAUUUCAAUUGCUCAGCUCAAUGAUUUUAAAAGCAUGGAGGAACACACUGACAAAUUGUUUGCGAUUGAAGGGAAAGUCAUUCAAGUACGCCCUAAUUGGUGUUACAUGGGAUGCGUUGUAUGUCCUCGCAAGGUGGAAGAGGAUCUGGAAGAGUAUUUUUGUGGCCACUGUAAGACCACAUCUUCCAUUGCUAAAGCCAAGUUUAGAGUGAAGAUCCAAGUGCAAGAUGAUACUGGAGAAGCCGAUUUUGCAAUUUUAGAGCAUGAAGGUGUUCGUUUUUUUGGAGUGAUGGCAGAUGAGCUAUUCCAGUCAAAUCAGCGACAAAAAGAACCCAUUCCAUUGCAUAUCCAACAGGUUCUUAACAUGAUACUGAAGCUUCAUGUUCGCCUCACUCAGUUCAAUUUCGAGAAUCCGCAAGCUGAGUAUUCUGUAGCUACCGUUGAUCAUGACCCUCUUCAGCAAGUGGCUAAGAUACCUGAUCCUGACAGCAUUGGAGGAUCAACCUCUUGCGGGUUGAAAAGGAAGCAUGAUGAUGACGCUGAACUUGAGGAAGAAUAG